GAAUGCUGAGAGAUACAGCUGAUUCCUUCUCAUGAACAAAACCAAAUAUCCUUAGAAAUUUUAUUCUUUUAUUUGUUUAUGUUUUUUUUGACAGCGAGCUUUCAUUUCAUUUCAUACCCCCUUCUGACCCGCUUCUACGUCUACUUCAAAUCUACCCUUCCUUCCCUUUCAUCCCCCACCGCCCCUUAUAUAAUCCACCACUUUGCUUCCUUCUCUACGCACCCAUUUGCUCUGUUUCUCAGAUUUUAGCUUCCAUUCAUUCAAUCAUGUAACUCAUUUACAGCCCUUUUUCUCAUAUACCAAUGUCCUUCAAGAAUCCCAGAACUUGAGCUUCAUUUUUUUCCACUUACAAAGUGUUUUUGAACAAAACCCAUAUUGAAAUUAUGGAGGAGACUUUUGUUCCUCUUCGUGGAAUCAAGAAUGAUCUCAAAGGGAGGUUAGUGUGCUACAAACAAGACUGGACCAGUGGGUUGAGAGCUGGGUAUAGGAUUUUGGCUCCCACUACUUACAUAUUCUUUGCCUCUGCAAUUCCUGUCAUUUCAUUUGGUGAACAGUUGGAGAGAAGUACUGAUGGGGUACUCACUGCUGUUCAAACCUUAGCCUCCACAGCUCUUUGUGGUAUCAUUCACUCCAUUGUUGGAGGUCAACCUUUGCUCAUCUUAGGAGUGGCAGAGCCUACUGUUAUUAUGUAUACCUUCAUGUUUAAUUUUGCGAAGGAACGACCCGAGUUGGGUCGGAAUCUGUUUCUAGCAUGGAGUGGAUGGGUGUGUGUUUGGACUGCAGCCUUGCUGUUCUUAAUGGCUAUAUUAGGAGCUUGUUCCAUCAUUAAUCGGUUCACACGUCUCGCCGGUGAAUUGUUCGGUAUGCUUAUAGCAAUGCUUUUCAUGCAGCAAGCAGUGAAAGGACUCGUGGAUGAGUUUCGCAUCCCGGAACGGGAAAAUGCAACGUUGAUCGAGUUUAUACCUUCUUGGAGGUUUGCCAAUGGGAUGUUUGCUUUGGUAUUGUCAUUUGGCCUUCUACUCACUUCGUUAAGGAGUCGAAAGGCACGGUCAUGGCGAUAUGGAUCAGGUUGGCUCAGAAGCUUGAUAGCAGACUAUGGAGUGCCGCUCAUGGUUCUUGUUUGGACAGGUAUUUCCUAUAUACCCUCAAAAAGUGUCCCACAAGGAAUCCCGAGGCGACUCUUUAGCCCGAAUCCGUGGUCUCACGGUGCGUACGAAAAUUGGACUGUUAUUAAGGAUAUGCUUGACGUUCCUGUUAGUUAUAUCUGUGGAGCUUUCAUCCCGGCUACGAUGAUCGCGGUGCUUUACUAUUUCGAUCAUAGUGUUGCAUCUCAACUUGCUCAGCAGAAAGAGUUCAAUUUGAGGAAACCAUCUUCUUACCAUUAUGAUUUACUUCUAUUGGGAUUCUUGACCUUAAUAUGUGGUCUUCUAGGAAUCCCUCCAUCCAAUGGUGUCAUCCCACAAUCUCCGAUGCAUACGAAGAGCCUGGCUACUCUCAAACACCAGUUGUUGCGGAAUAAACUCGUAGAAACGGCGCAGAGUAGUAUGAGAAAGAAUGCGAGCUUGGGUCAGUUGUAUAGAAAUAUGCAAGAAGCAUAUCAACAAAUGCAGACCCCUUUGAUCUACCAACAGCCUGCGGGACUGAAUGAGCUAAAGGAGACAACCAUUCAAGCAGCUUCUAGUAUGGGCAGUUUCGACGCUCCGGUUGAUGAGACAAUAUUCGAUAUCGAAAAGGAAAUCGACGAUCUAUUGCCUGUUGAGGUGAAAGAACAGCGUGUCAGUAACUUGCUUCAAGCUGCAAUGGUGGGAGGAUGCGUUGCAGCCAUGCCGAUCCUUAAAAAGAUCCCGACAUCGGUUCUAUGGGGUUACUUCGCCUUUAUGGCGAUCGAAAGCUUGCCUGGUAAUCAGUUUUGGGAAAGAAUCUUGUUGCUCUUCACUGCACCUAGCAGAAGAUACAAAGUUCUUGAGGAUUACCACGCGACGUUCGUCGAGACCGUGCCGUUCAAGGCCAUUGCUCUUUUUACCAUUUUUCAAACAGUAUAUUUGUUCAUAUGUUUUGGACUAACAUGGGUUCCAAUUGCUGGGGUGAUGUUUCCUCUAAUGAUUAUGCUCCUUGUCCCUGUAAGACAAUACCUUCUUCCCAAGUUUUUCAAAGGUGCACAUCUCCAAGAUCUCGAUGCAGCCGAAUUCGAAGAAGCGCCAGCUUUACCGUUUAAUCUUGCAACGGAAGCCGAGCUCGGUGCAGGAGCAUCGUUCGGUGGGGACAGAGAGAUUUUAGACGAGGUUAUCACUCGAAGCCGUGGUGAAUUUAGGCAUAUUAGCAGUCCUAAAAUCACAAGCUCCACGGCAACGCCAAUGUGUGACCGAAAAAGUAUCGAUAGCCCUCGUCGCUCUUUCAGCCCUCGGGUGAGCGAGCUAAGAGGAGAGCAGAGUCCUCGAGCCAGUGGACGAGGAACACCGGGUCAGAGAAGUGCAGAAGCUAAGCCAUCCAGUUUGGGAAAGAGCCCUCUUAAGAACACAGCAUCAAAGUAGUAGAUGCAGAAAGAAUGUUGUAAAAUUCUCCCUCUGAUAUUAAGUUUUAGUUAAGUUUAUUAUUAUGUUCAUAAAGAUUUGUAAUAAUUCAAGAAUGUUUUUGUUUCA